GUAUCCUGCACUCAUCCUAGCAGCCGGUGCCCCAGCAGAGGGAGGGACACGAGGCACACAGAACAGCCUGUCUGAGAGGAACAGCCUCAGAAGCCUGAGCAGGGGUUCUGCUGUCUCUGAACCAUCCUUUAGAGUUGGAACUGAAGGUUGGAGGUUUGGGGUACUGUACCACAGCGCAGGAAGGGAACCAGGGGAGCUGGGAACUGGAAGAACAGAGGAGAAGGAUCAAUCAAAGAAGAGGAGAUUAUUGGGCCAAUACACUUGAAACCUGAACCCAAGGUAGCACUGACAUCAGGAUGACAACGGAGAACUUUCUGUGCUGCAGAUCCCUGAGGAACCGAGAACGUCCGUUGACCAUGAAAAGGAGAGCGGAGGAGAGGGAUGACAGCAGCAACCUCAUCCCUAUGACAGGGCAGGCAGAGCCCAGCUACGGCAGCAUGGAGGGAGAGAUGUCGCUGCUCGACCCCCUGGACAGAAACGUGUUCAGCGACGGAGUGACUCGCAUCGACUUUGUCCUGGUUUGGGAGGAGAGCUUGUCCGAACAGAAGGAAGAGCUGGAGGAAGAGAAGCCAGGCUCCGCCUCCCAUACCUCACACAGGAAGUGGAGAGAGGACUUCCUGUCGGAGCUGCAGGCGACAGGGAUCCUUCAAGAGACGAAAGAGGUUUUUCAGCCGAAAAAGAAGAUCUCCUACGUGCUCUUGAGCGCCCCCUGGAGUGUGCUGUGUUACUACGCCGAGGAGAUCAGUCUAAGAGUUCCUCUGCAGGUGGUCACAGCACCAAACCAGGACUGGUCUGAGAGCGUGUUGGAGAGGCUGUCUGUCCCCAACCUAAUGGCCCAGAAGGUUCCCAACGUCCCUCCUGACUACUACACAUGUCAGUUUCGCACCAACAAGCUGGAGAGGUUCCUGGGUCACGAGGACAAGACCACCUUCUUCAAGACCACCCAGAGACAUCAAGUGCUGUAUGAGAUCCUAGCGAGGACGCCGUACGGGGUGGUGAAGAGGGGAGAGGUGGGGAUCGCCAGACUGCUCAGUGAGAAGGUCUUCUCUGCUGCGUACCCCCUGCAUGAGGGCCCCUACGAGCUGCCGCAGGCCCCAGUGGACCCAGAGGCCCUCAGCUUGCGGCAGGUGCUGCACCAGUACUGGGCCAGGUGGGCCUGCUGGAGGAGGUACCAGCCUCUGGACCACAUCAGGGAGUACUAUGGGGAGAAGGUAGCCCUGUACUUCGCCUGGCUGGGGUUCUACACAGGCUGGCUGCUCCCUGCAGCAGUGGUGGGCUCACUGGUCUUCCUGUUCGGGAUUUGGCUCACCGUCACCGACGUGCCAGCGAAGGAGAUCUGUGAAAGCGAGGACAGGUACCUCAUGUGUCCUCUGUGCAACAUCUGCUCUCCCUGGAACCUCUCCACCAUCUGCUUCACCUUCAAGGCAGGCCUGCUGUUCGACAACGGAGGGACGGUGUUCUUCAGCGUGUUCAUGUCCCUCUGGGCCGUCACCUUCCUGGAGCACUGGAAACGCUCCAGCGCCGUGCUGGCACACCGCUGGGAUUGCUCCGAGUUUGAGGAAAUCGAGGAGCGCCCGAGACCAGAGUUUGCAGCGAUGGCCCCCAUGACGACGAGGAACCCGGUAACAGGGGCAGAGGAGCCGUAUUUCCCAGAGUCACGGAGGUUCAGCCGCACCCUGACCAGCUGCAUGAUCAUCAUCAUGAUGGUGGUUGUGGUUCUGAUGUUCCUCUUAGCCAUCAUCCUGUACCGGACCAUUGUGAGCAUCUUCAUCCACAAGUCCCAGAGCACCUUCUUCAUUUUCUCUGCUGGGAGAAUAGCCAGUCUCACAGGGUCUGUGUUGAACCUUCUUGUCAUCCUGUUGCUGUCGCAUGUGUACAAGUCCCUGGCCCAGAUCCUGACACGCUGGGAGAUGCACCGCACACAGACCAAAUACGAGGACAUGUUCAUUCUCAAGGUCUUUGUCUUCCAAUUUGUCAACUUUUACUCCUCUCCUGUCUACAUUGCGUUUUUCAAGGGCAGGUUUGUUGGCUACCCGGGAAAUUACUUCACUCUCUUUGGAAUACGCAAUGAGAACUGCGGGUCUGGCGGCUGUCUCAUUGAGCUGGCUCAGGAACUGCUUGUCAUCAUGGUGGGCAAGCAGGUCAUCAACAACAUCCAGGAGUUCAUCAGCCCGAAGCUGAAAGCAUGGUGGCAGAAGAGGAGCUUGGGAUCCCAGCCGUCAGGCAGGGGGGAGGGGGGGGAGGCAGGGAAGGACCAGGGCCUCCCCCCCUGGGAGUCUGACAGCCAGCUGCUGGUGUGUGAGGGGCUCCUCGAUGAAUACCUGGAGAUGGUGAUCCAGUUUGGCUUCAUCACCAUCUUUGUGGCGGCCUGUCCGCUCGCCCCGCUCUUCGCCCUCAUCAACAACUGGGUGGAGGUGCGUCUGGACGCACAGAAGUUUGUGUGUGAGUACCGAAGGCCAGUGGCGGAGCGAGCGCAGGACAUCGGGGUGUGGCUGAACAUCCUGCAGGUCAUCACACACCUGGCCGUCAUUACUAAUGCCUUCCUGAUAGCCUUCACCUCUGACUUCCUGCCCCGACUCUACUAUCGCUAUAACAACCAUGGAAGCCUGCAUGGCUUUGUCAACUUCACCCUGGCAACCUCUGCCGGAAACCUGACCAGCGGUGACAUGCAGUGCAGGUACCGGGGAUAUCGAGACAAAGAUGGGGGUUUCCUCCCGGAGUACUUCCAUCUUCUGGCCAUACGGCUGGGCUUUGUUAUUAUAUUUGAGCACAUCGUGUUCUUCAUCAGUCAUCUGAUCGACAUCAUGGUGCCAGAUAUCCCUGAGGAUGUGGAGGUGAAGAUCAAGAGGGAGCACUACAUGGCCAAGGAAGCCCUGGCAGAGAACCAGUCUCUGAACCAUACGGUGUUUCCGGACGAGAAGGGGAAGUCUAAGCUGAGCUCUGAGCUCCGCCGCCGUUUCAUCGUGUCUGGGUUUACACCUCCAGACCCCGGCUCCCCACCGCCCCUCCUGGGCCCCAUCCCAGAAGACCUGGAGAGACCCCACGUCUGACCUUCGACCUCCCAAGGGGUCAGAGCCUGGGGUCAGAGCCUGGGGUCAGAGCCUGGGUUCAGAGCCGGGGUUCAGAGCCGGGGUUCAGAGCCGGGGGUCAGAGCCGGGGGUCAGAGCCUGGGGUCAGAGCCGGGGGUCAUAUGGGAGUUUCAUGAGAGCCCUUUUUAAAAAGUUACAUUGCCUCUAGUGUCGGUCUUCACAGAAAUACAGUACUGUGCCAAAGUCUUAGGGACAAAGGACAACUUUGAAACAAAAAUGCUUUGAGAAAUAAUUAAAUUAAAAGACUAAACCAAAAUGUUCUCAACAUUGCACUUUACUGUAUACGGCUGCACAAAUACACAAAACAAAAAUGUAUAUUUCAGACAAUAUUCAUGUAAAGAAUCUUGGUUGUCUAAAACUUGCACAGUACUGUUCUUUGAAAGGAUGUGUCAGUGUCAUUCCUGAUGUUACUGACAUUAACCUUCAGGAUUAUUUAUUGGAUAUUUUCUCAGUGAUUUCGACUAAGAGGCAUUUUACUGGGAUGGGUACAGCUCAGUGGUUAGAGGAUUUAACUGCAGAUCAGGUUAAGAUGACCCCCUGCACGUUGCUUUGUAUCUAGAUGUUAAAACAUUGUUUCCUUUCCCAGAGGCUGUGAACCAGACAGCGUUUGGUUAAAGCUCAGUUUUUAAGCUGUAGCUUUUAGUUUAUUAAAUAGUUUCAUACAGAUGUUGUAAUUAUUAUUAUCUAUGAAGACACAAAUCUGACUGUUUCAGAGAUUAAGGUUGAAAUAAUGAGGAUAUUUUAAUACCUCCACGAGUGAAUUUGUUAUUUCAAAGGACAUAACGUCACAUAUAUUUUAGAGA